AUGGUGUUGAACAAGCUGAUCAACAUGAACAGAAGAGAUUCAGAGAUGAAGACCUCAGUGGCUCUGUUGGCUUUAUGCCUCUUCCACCUGCCUGUGGCCGAGGUUUCUAGCAGCGACCCAGCUUGUUUCUGUCCAGCUAGUGGAUCACGGAGCAGAAGAGAAAAUACCACAGAAAUUCCCAGCAGCGAGCCAGAUUGUCCUUGUGCUGCUGGUGACAUAACAGGGUAUGAGGAAAACUUCUGGGUCAGAGAAUUGGAGGCCAAACUGGAAAGCACUGAGAAACAGUUAGAAGAUCUGAGAGGAGAAGUUCAAGGUAAUCGGGUGGCAUUUGGAGCAUCUAUUGGCAAUGUUGGAAAUAUUGGACCUUUCAACACUGAGAUUACUCUGACCCACAAGAAUGUCUACACAAACACAGGCUCAUACAACCCUGCAACAGGUUAACUUAUCGUAUAAUGACGUGUGUUCAUACAUACUGUAUAUGGGUUAUACUACUUCAGCUUCUCUGGCAAUAAUAUUUCCUCUAAUCCAAUGGGGCUGAGACUCAUGAGGAAUGGGGUGCAGAUGGUCACUGUGUACAACCAUGUAGCUGGAAACCGCCACGAAACAGCAACCAACGGCAUGACUCUACAGCUUGAAGUUGGAGACCAGGUGUACAUGAGACUCCGGACAAACACCUGGAUUUUUGAUAAUGGAAAUAACCACUCCACCUUCAUUGGCCAUUUGUUAUUCCGUCUGUAAGUGAAAUGAAGUUCAGAUAAACAUGGCCCAAAAAGGGGAGACAGGUUAGUUAAUAAGGAGAACA